AUGCCAUUUUCGAAUGCACAACUUAUUAUUCCUACGAAAAACGGUUUAGUUAGUGGGAAAACGAUUAUAACGAACGGUCGAACUCAAUUCACCUAUCGCGGUAUUCCAUACGCUCAACCACCUAUUAAUGAAUUACGAUUUAAACCGCCUGUACCAGUCAAAUCUUGGAAUGGCGUCUUAAAUACUACUCAAUAUCAAUACAGUUGUCCGCAAAGACUUCCGAUAAACUUUUAUAUUGAACCCAACUCACUAGCCAGUAAAACUAGCGAAGACUGUUUAUACCUAAAUAUAUUUACUUCCAAUCCUUCUAGUGCUGGCAAUAUGUCUGUAUUGGUGUAUAUCCAUGGCGGUGGAUACGAUAGCGGUUCAGGGGCGCGAUGGUCUGGUCAAAUCUUAGCUGCCAAUGAAGGUAUCGUCGUAGUUACUAUUAACUAUCGAAUAGGUAUUCUAGGUUUUAUGACAUCCGGCGAAGAAGACAUUGCUAAAAGAGCUAUACUAGCUAAUAAUGGUUUAAAAGAUCAAAGUUUAGCAUUACAAUGGGUUAAAGAUAAUAUUGAAAAUUUUGGAGGUAACCCAGAUUUUAUUACGUUAGCUGGAAAUUCAGCAGGCGGCGGAUCUGCUAUAUACCACGUAGUUAUGCCUUCUAGUAAGGGAUUAUUUAGAGGUGUAAUAUCUCAAAGUGCACCUUACGGAGCUACACUACCAUUCAUUCAAUCACGUAUCGCGUUUCCAAUUUCACUUGCUGUAGCCAAGACAUCUUAUCAACGAUUUGUUUCGUCAGCUAACUGUACAAGAAAUACAACAUCACUAAUCGUCAAAUGUCUACAAGCAUUAACUGUACAGCAGUUAAUAAGUCUCCAAAUUGUUCAACGAUCAAAUAAUAUUGCUCUUAGCUUUCCCGUUGCUGAUGCCAGUACUAUACGAGAAGCCUUACAUACAGCUAUACCAGCGGGAAGAUUUCAUAAAGUUAGUAUUAUGAUGGGUACUACAUUAAAUGAUGGCUAUUUCGGUCUUCUUGGUUUACCUAAUCCCGGAAGUAUUGCACAAGGAAUACCACGUCAAGGUUUCAUAGCUAUUACUAACAACGCCUUUCCGUUUGCAAGUCAACGUGUAAAAUUAUCGAUACAAUAUCAGUAUACAAAUUGGUCUAAUUUUAAUUCGCCGAUAUCGAAUCGAGAUCAAUAUGGAGAAUUAUUUAACGAUUUCGUCUUUGCUAUACCUAACGAGUAUUAUGCAGAUCAAUUUUCUCGAUAUGUACCGACUUUUAACUAUAUAUUUGCUCAUCGUACUAGUGGGACGUACCGACCAGCUUAUCUAAAGAUAACUCAUACUAUGGAAGUACCUUAUGUUUUCGGUUAUCCUGUCGAUAAUCCAGCCGGAUUUCCGACAACAUUUAACGCCGAAGAACAAGAAUUAAGCAGACAUAUGAUGUCGUAUUGGGGUAAUUUUGUCCGGAAUGGAAAUCCAACAGAUUUAAGUUCUCCCAUCACAUGGCCGGAGUAUACACAAGACACAAAAAAGUACUUAUGGAUUGCUCCUAAUUUCCAAGUUAAAAAUAAUUUUUUUGCAACACAAGCAGCCUUUUGGAAUCAGUACCUUCCUCAACUUUCUAUUCAAGCUACUCAUUCUACAAUGACUCCAACUAAUAUCACUACUCUGCAAGAAUCCCAUUCCUCGGAAUCUACAUACAUGAUUGCCACAUUUGUUCUGGCUGGAAUAUCUGGAGUAUUAUUAAUAAUAGUUGCCGUUUUGUUUUGCAAAAUGCAUAGAGCUAAACUAGUAUAA